AUGCCAUCUUCUAAUAUUACCUCCAUAACAGAGUUUGUUGUACUAGGGUUCCCAGGACUUCAGCCUGGGUACAAUGGACCUGUCUCAGCCCUUAUGUUCUUUGUCUUUCUGGCCAUUAUAGCAGGUAAUAGUUUCAUAUUAAUUUUGGUGUCCAAGGAGAGAUGCCUCCAAAAGCCCUCUUAUCUCAUAUACUGUAACCUGGCCAUUUCAGACAUUGCUUUCGCCACCACUACCCUGCCAAAAAUGAUUGCCCGGUAUUGGGCUGAAGCUAAGACUAACUCCACCAUUCUGGCCCUGUGUGGCCUGGCUUGGCUCAUAUGUCUUUUCUUAAUGGCUUUGCUUGUAUAUCAGGCCGUCUCUUUGCCCUACUGCAGCUCAAAUGUCAUCGUACAGUGUUACUGUGACCAUAUCGGUAUAACCAGACUAGCGUGUGAAAAUGUAAAGGAGGUUCAACUGACAGCUUUCAUUGUAGCCAUGACAAUACUGCUAUGUCCACUUGCUUUCAUAAUAUUUUCUUACAUCUCAAUCAUUAUAUCAGUCUUCAAAAUUGCAGACUCAGAGGGACGAUACAAAACCUUCUCCACCUGCAGUCCACAGCUAUUCAUCAUAGGCCUCUAUUACCUCCCCCGGUGUUUCGUUUACAUCGCAAACAACAUAAACCUGACGAUCAGCACAGAUUUCCGUAUCCUGAUGAUCAUGCUGUACAGCCUCUUUCCUCCCAUGGUGAACCCUCUGAUAUACUGCUUCAGAACCAAGGAAAUCAAGGAUACUUUAGUCAGGAGAUGGAAAAUCAGAAAGACCUGCAGGUGGCAGUUCUCAUGA